CGGACUUUAAAAAUGGCGCUGUCGAUAUGAGGUAUGGGAUCGGCAGCAUACGUGGAUGUUCCGUGAGCAUAUGGAGCGGCGUCACGUUCGUCGGGCAUCGUGAUAUGACACACGCGCCGAAUGUGUCGUGAAACACGGGAAGCGCCGGCAUCUCGGCUUGCCUGAAAGGCGGUUUGGUCGGUGCCGUCCUCUUGGCAGAGCAGCACUUGUGAAGUUCUGGCAAGAUGCUCACAGCCUUUAAGAAGCUGGUGGGCAACAGCGGCGAUGGGGGAGGGGGUGCCGCUGGUGGAGGGAAGCACCAGCCCCCGUCGGGCAUGCAAGCCAUGGAGCAGAGCCUGCAAAAGCGCUUUGCUCGAGGUGUCCAGUAUAACAUGAAGAUUGUCAUCAAGGGAGACCGCAAUGUGGGCAAGUCGUGUCUCUUGCUACGUCUGCAGGGCCAACCAUUCAAGGAGGAGUAUCUGCCCAGUGACGAGAUUCAGGUGGCCAGUAUCCAGUGGAGCUACAAGGCCACAGAUGACAUCGUCAAGGUGGAGGUCUGGGAUGUGGUGGACAAAGGCAAGAAGCGGAAGCCCAUCAAGGGUCUGAAGCUGGACAACUCGGUGGCUGAUGCUCAAGGGGUACCUGAGGAGGCUGCCCUGGAUGCAGAGUUUAUUGAUGUGUACAAGGGCACAAACGGAGUUGUCAUGAUGCUAGACAUCACCAAACAGUGGACGUUUGACUAUGUGCAGCGCGAGCUGCCCAAGGUUCCAGCCAACAUUCCAGUUCUGGUUCUGGCCAACCACUUAGACAUGAAGCACCACCGAAACAUCACCGAGGACCAAGUGCGCUUCUAUGUUGAAUCCGUAGAGCGGCCCCCGGGCAGUGCCCAGAUCCGCUAUGCGGAGUCCUCACUGCGCAACGGCUUCGGCCUCAAGUUCCUGUACAAGUGGUUCAACCUGCCUUUCCUCCAGCUGCAGCGGGAGAGCUUGCUGCUGCAGCUGCAGCGCAACAGCCAGGAGACAAAUGCGACCAACGAUGAACUGGACAUGCUGCAGGAAUCUGAGGAGCAGAACUAUGAGUUGUUUGUUGAAACCCUCAACAAUAGGCGGCGGCAGAUGGCUGAGCAGCUCUCAUCAGCCUCUAAGUUUGCAGAGGCAGCAGCUGCUAUGCCAAAUGGAAUGCCUUCCAGUGCCACCACCGCCAAUUUGGUGGGAGAGGCAGGCCGGAGACCUUCUGUUGGUGCCAAGGUGGGAGCAGCACCCUCACGAAGCGUGUCAGUGCCUAGUUCGCUGGGACACGAAGCACAGAGGGCAAUGGUAGGAGCUACAUUGCAUCCACCACAAGUCCAACAGCAGCAGUCGCGGCUGCAGCAAACGCAGUCACCCAGAAAGCCAGCUGUUUCACCUACAAUUGAACAAGGAUACCAUGUCCAAAAAGCAUCACCAACUGCAUCAAAUAGUGAUGCUGUUGCUUCUGCUAAAGCAUCAUCAGGAAGUGCACCAUCACCGACAGUAUCAGUGGGUACACCGACAAAACAAGCUGCCAGUCUCAUGUCAAAACUUUUUAAUAAGAAACCAGAGAGGGAGGACUAUAUGGUGGUGCAAGCUGAUGUGCAUGCGCCACCACCAAUGAGCUCGUCAUCCUUGGCUGUUCACAAUGUUGAUGACUUCGUGCCAGAUGGUGAUGCCAGCUUCCACAGCUUUUUAGAAGAGCGUGAUGUUGAUGGUGGUGCUGCUGCAUCAUCUGCCCUUGAUGACGAAAGUGCCAGCGAUGAGGAUGACUCUGGUGGCAACCCGCUGGUCACCGGAUUCCAGGACGAUGUAGACCCCGAGGACUUUCGUCCAGGUCGGGCAGCUGGUGACCUGCCGGCUCCUGUAAUGCCCGUGGGCCAUGGAGAUUCCCAAGAUGAAGAAGAUGCUUUGUGUGGGGGCGGAAACAGCGCACGAGAGCCUUCAGAGGAAUCUUUUCUAUCAAGGGAAGAGAUAAGCCGAGAGGAUCCUGAUGGAACAUCGUCACCAGCUGCUCCUGAGAAUGCGCCAACAGAGCAGGCAUCAACAUUUUGGAGCAUGCCCAGUGAGGACCUGAACUUUCUGGAGAAGAGGUACACUGGCCUUCCUCCACAGCUUGAUAAAGCCACUUCCGUGCCAAAACAUCAGCAGAAGCUUGGUGGCGCUUCUGGUGCAGCCAGUGACACUCACGAGGAUGAUGAUGCUUCCAUCACGAAGCAUAAGAAGCACAAGCACAAGUCCAAAAAGGAUGACACCGAGAGGAGCCAGAAGCAUCGAAAAGAGAGGACCAAGGAAAAGUCAAGCAGGGAUAAGGAAAAAGGCAACGAGGAAUCCAGUGACAAAACUAAGAAGAAGCCUCACCGCAAGCAUCGCAAGGCAGUGGAGGAAAGUUCUUCAGAUGCAGAAAAGCUGGAGGCUUUCCUGGGUGCUGCUGAUGAUGUCGGUGUAGAGCGAGCGGCUGAAGCAUACGAAUCGUUGUGACAUAUCCACUUUGUAGAUAGUGGUGUUGAAGUAUACUAGUUUGUGCAGAGUGUUAAUGGUGACAGAGCAGUAACAUGCGUGCUACCAUAACAGAAGAUGUACCAGAGAAAUAUCCCACAGGUAUACUUUAAGUUUGGACUGAGACCAUAACUGCUGGUAUCAGCAGUCUUGGUCUUCCUUUCUACUGACAAUGCCAGCAUCAGCUUUAAGGUGCUGUUAAAGCUGAUGUUAAGGGACUGGUGCCAACAGUUCUAAUAACCAUGUUAAUAUCACUGGUGAGGUAGCAAUACUCCAGCUUUUUAGGUAUUGCUUAACCUGUGCGGUGAUGCUCAAAAGAAAAGAUUGUCAAGCCAGAACUCAGCUGUAUUUGGUGUGCUUGGACUGACAGCAACUGUAUGUGGAGUGCUGCUACCGCUGUGGCACCUGAAUAGUGUGGCAUUGUGUUGCCUAAUGAUGCUGCUGGCUACCGACAAUAGUCACUAGCGCGUGAACCCUCGUGCGGCAGGUAUUGUUGGAGGCUGGGUUAGUGUUAUGAACCAUACUGAAGUAGUGGUUGCAGUUAGAACUUGUAGCACUAAGCAGAUACAUACGGCACACUGCACACGUCUUUCAUGUGCCAUCCAACAGUGUUGAUGCUGAGUAACUGAUAUUUACUACUGCUACCAUUGAUGCUUCUUUCACUGGAAAGAGUGACGGUAAUCUAUGCUAUUGGGCUUCGCAUCAGGUAUGCCAAAAAGUGUUUGCAAAGUGAAGUAUUCAAUGGUUGACAGGCAGAUAAAUUAUUUGCACCAUUAUUCUCAUUUUGUUUUGUGCACUGAAAGCAAUGUUCACUCAUGUUUAGGGAGCAUCAAAAAACCACCAUGACUGAUGGAAAGAUUUUUUUUUUAUAGGAGAAUCGUUAUAGACAGUGUCAGAAGUUAAAAAUGUUCAUCUUUGAGGCACGCUCCAAGUGCUGUUUGCAAGGCACCAUUUUGAAUAAUUACGUAAAACAUGGGGCGGGAACACAUUGGUUAUGCACUGUGCACAGUACUAUCAUUGGUCCUUUCAUUGGUCCUUUCAUUGGUCGUGCCUCCAAGUGCUGAUAGUCUGACAACCCUUUUGCGAAAACUCCCAGGUAGUGCCUAAAAGGCAGCCACAUAUUUGAAUGUGUUGUUGCUCCCGUGAGGCAGUAUGUUCCGAAUAGAAGUUUCAGGCAGCACAUUUCACAAGGCAUUUUUUGGCCACAAACAACUUUUGAAUUGGAAAAGCCUGCCAAGAAAUGUACCCUGGAUUGUAUGCGCAACAAAGUUCAAAUUUGUCCUCUGCAUAGCUUGAGUGUGCUAGAGCUAACCUGCUAUCCUGUUGCACAGGGGACAUUGGCAUGUCAGAUGAACUUUGUUGUAUUUAUGUGCAAGCCAGUGAUGCUCUCCAGGGGCAGAGCUGUCACGCUUGUAGGUAUUGAAAUUCACUUGUAGGUGUUGAAAUUGGGGGCACACUUCAGUAACUCCACUUGACAGGCUUGCAACUAUUUUGAAACAUGCAACGGGUACUAGAUAUUGCUUGCUGCUGCAGUGAAGCAAAAAAAUCUGAGUAGUGUUUAGCUCUGUUGUUGUGAGUUAUUGAUGAACUGUGCUGUGGGCUGGCAUGUAUGUCUUCAUGAUUAAAUGCAAAUCAUCUUGUUUUUACGGACCUGUAUGGUCACUGUGAUGAGCGCUCCUUAUUGAAUGCUUGCUUGUUGUGUACAAGAAUGUCCUGUUUAUGGAAGUUCCUGCAAAUAUAAAAAUCUCGAGGCAUCAUUCUGUCCUCACUUUGAACAACUUCCUCUCAAAGUUUGCAAGAUUGUUAUUUGUUUACCUUUUACUGUGUUUCACACUUUUCAGUUUGUAACCUCAUAUUCUUAAACUUUCUAAAGCAUGUUUGACAAGGUCCAGAUCACAUACUUGUGGCAUCAGUGUCAUACAUUUAAUUACUCCAGCUGGCCACGAGUUGCUGUGAUAGCAAAUUCUGACAGUGACUUGCUUGGCCUGGAAAUUUAACAGGGUUACUUCGUGAGCUUUGAAUUGUACAGUUUCUCUUUUUGUGUGUUUCUUGCCUUGCUUUCUUAUUGAAAGUUUGAUUGUGUGCCUGUAUUUAUAGAGCACUAUAGAGCAUGACUAGUGAUGUUUCUUUGAAGUGACAUAAAAAGGAAGCUUGGAGAA